UCCCCUUCGCUUGCAUUUUUAAAAUCACCAAUUUAACUGCCUGCCAACCUACCAGUAAUCACCCUUAAUUCCUCUCUUAACUCCGUCGCCAACCCGCCGCCGUGCGAGGCCACCGCUCGACUCUAAACGAAUACGAUGGCCCACACCGUCGCCGUCCCUGGACAGCUGCUGGGUCCCGCUGACAAGUACGUCGCCGGCCCGGGCACCCACGUCCACGAGUCGAACCUGUACUCCUCGCUUCUCGGCGCCAUCGCCAUCGCCCAGCCCGACAAGGCCCCAGGCCCCACGAAGCGUUUGACCAAGAUCGCGGUGAUGAACAGCACGUCGUCCUCCUCCUCCAAGGCGGGCGGCGCCCAGCUUCCCACCAUAUCCGUGUCGCGGUCGUCGGGCCCCGAGGAGAAGCGCGAGGUGCUGCCGGAGGUGGGCAACGCGGUGCUGUGCCGGGUGACGCGCAUCACGCCGCGCCACGCCACCGUCGCCAUCCUCGUCGUCGGCGACACCGUGCUCGAGGCCGAGUGGCAGGGCCUCGUCCGCGCCCAGGACGUCCGCGCGACCGAGAAAGACAAGGUUAAGAUCUACGAGAGCUUCCGCCCGGGCGACAUCGUGCGGGCGCGCGUGAUCUCGUUAGGUGACCAGGCCAACUACUACCUCUCGACCGCGAGCAACGAACUCGGCGUCAUCAUGGCCACGAGCGAGGCCGGAAACACCAUGUACCCCGUCAGCUGGAAAGAGUGCAAAGACCCGGAGACCGGUCUCAGCGAGAAUCGGAAAGUGGCCCGGCCCCUGUGAGCUAGCUUCAUGCCUACCCGUUGCGGCCCAGUUUCAGCAUAUCCUCUGCUCGCAGGCAGUUUUCGAAGCUAUCCCCUCCGACCUAGAGCGUCAGCUAUACUCAGUCGCCUCCCCGGCCACCGGCCUUAUUCGCGGACUCUGCUCCCGAUUGGCUCUCAGUUACGAUUUGUUAUAAAGCUCCGAGAUGUGCAUAGCGAGACUAGGCGGUUCUCAGGGGCACUUGGGGCGAGGAUGGGGGGGUUUCCAACUUAGAGAACAGCCCCAGGAGACCGGCGAGGCCCUGUGCUAUUUAUUCGUAACGUCGGGGAUAAAACGUGGCGGCGGACUGUCCGAACUGUGCACUGCGACAGGAGGGACUGCCGCGUGUGUUGCCUGUCUGCACACGAGCCACAGACGAAUGCUGAAGAUGGCGCCCAUUGAGCAACCGUGUCCCAUGCAUCCCCAUUACCUAUGGCUUUAGACAGCCACAGGAGGACAGACUCGGAUUUGUCACAUGAAGGCGUAGCCACGACGCAAGAGACAAGCAUAGCACAGGCAGAAGAAUAUGAGUAGACCAUGAAUAUUAUGCGACCCCGCGGAUCGAAUUCGUAGCACAUGUCCAAGUCCCUGUCACACUCGAAACCACGCAGGGUCCGGUUUGAAGA